AUGGUGAGUCCAAUGAAUGAAUAUGAAAACAAAUGUCCAUUUUGUGAUACACAAUUUGGUGAUGCAAUGGAAAAUCUAAGGGACCAUAAUAAUGAUGCUAUUGAUUUAAGUGGAUUUGAUUUGUUGUUACAACAUUUGGCACAAAUUAGUCCUAAUGGAUAUGCAAGUGUAAAUCCUCCAACAAAGAAGGAAGCAAUUGAAGCAAUGGAAAGUGUGAUUAAUGAUGAGAAAUUGCAAUGUACAAUAUGUUUGGAGGAUGUUGAGAUUGGGGAUAUUGCUAAAGAAAUGCCAUGUAAGCAUAAAUUUCAUGGUGAUUGUAUUGUAUCAUGGCUUAAGCUACAUAGUUCUUGUCCAGUUUGUAGGUUUCAAAUGCCUUGUGAGGAAUCAAAUGUUUUGGCAAAUUUGGAAAAUGGAAAUAGAGAAAACCAAAAUAAUGAGGUUGUGAGGGGUAGAAAUGGAAGGAGGAAUUGGUUUCCUGUGCUUCAAUCUUUUAAUAAUUUCCUUCCUUUUCCUUGA